AAAGGAAAACUUCACUGAGAUUUUUCUUUCCCCUUGGAGGAGAGGAUUAAAAGUUCUCAGAACUGGUGCCGCCCGUGCCGCUCGGGCGCUGGGACGCCGUUUGCCGGCGGGGGUUCCAGUCCCACCAUGUGCACCAACAUAGUUUACGAGUGGCUGAAAGCGCUGCAGCUCCCGCAGUACGCGGAGUCCUUCGUGGAUAACGGCUACGAUGACCUGGAGGUGUGCAAGCAGAUCGGGGACCCGGACCUGGACGCCAUCGGGGUGCUGGCGCCCGCGCACCGGCGCCGCAUCCUGGAGGCCGUGCGCCGGCUGCGGGAGCAGGACGCCGCCGCCGCCGGCCUCUACUUCACGCUGGAGCCACAGCCACCGCCCGCGCCACCCGGGCCGCCCGCGGUCGCCGUCCCCACUCGCCGCCGGGGGGAGCCUUGCGGCGGCCAGGCCCAGGGCCCCCGCGAAGACCCCCGCAGCCAGACGACCGCCCCUCGCGGCAGGGAGCUGGUGAGCUACCCGAAACUGAAGCUGAAGAUCAUGAUCAGGGAUAAGCUCGUCCGCGACGGCAUCCACCUGAGCAAGCCCCCGUACUCCCGCAAGGUCCCAAUGGCUGGCAUCCUAGAGUUCUUAAUGAAUUGGCCGAAGUCAUCACAGAACCGCUAGAUAUCAUUUUUGAGAACUCGUGGAGGACUGAUGAGGUGCCUGAAGACUGGAAAAGGGCAUAUUUAGAACCUUCUUUCAAAAAGGGAAAUGGAUGAUGACCCUGGAAAUACUCAUCAGCCUAACUUUUUGCUUGGAAAAAUUCUGGAAUAAUCAACUUAGUACACUGGGUAACGAACUUAUAAUAGCUAGACAAAAGGCAGUGAAAUAUCACACAUAAAGAAGUACUGAGUUCAUUUUUUAAAGACAUACCAUUGUGAGAUACAGUCUUCUACAUAUUUUGGGAUUCUGCCCUCGGUACUAAGAGUUCUUGCUGAAAAUAAGUGAGGUUGGCUAAGGCAUUUGGGUACUGACUAAUUUUAAGUGGUAAUACAA